AUGAAUUUAGCAUUGAAGGAUCCGUUUGAGCUGGCGCAGGACUACCCUGACGCCCUGACCGAUGAUCUGAAAUCUGGCCAUGCAACGACACUGCGCUUCAACCGCAAGGGCGACUAUCUUGCGUCGGGCAGGGCUGAUGGCAAGGUCGUCAUAUGGGACAUGGAAACGUAUGGUGUCGCUAUGAAGUUGAACGGCCACUGGAAGCAGAUCCAAAGUCUGAGCUGGUCGAGAUGUGGCCGCUACAUGCUCACAGCAUCACAAGACUGUCGGGCCACUCUAUGGGACCUGGCAACUCAGUCACGGAUACGGACCGCCAAAUUCGAAGCACCGAUCUAUACCGCCGAGCUCCAUCCAUACAACCACUUCCUCUUCACAGUCUCUCUGUUCGAAGACCACCCAUACCUCGUAGACAUCACCUCGCCGAUAGCCACCAAACACCGGAUACCUACGGAGCCACUCACGGACACCGAGCCCAACGUCAAACAAGCCACCACAUCAGCCAUCUGGUCAGUUCAAGGCAACCAUAUCAUAACCGGCACCUCCAAAGGCUUCAUCAACAUAAUCGAGACCUCCACCCUCCGCAUAAUCCACAGCUCGAAACUCUCCACCGGCCUCUUUUCGCUUCUCCGCCUGACCUCCAACGGCCGCCAACUCCUCGCCAACAGCACCGACCGCAUAAUCCGCGUCAUCAAUAUGCCGGACCUCGGUCGAAUUCGCCUCUCAAACCACACCACCGCCGACGAAGACGACGACCCCGAAGAAGAUUACCUCGACCCCUCGACAAUCUACCUCUCAGCCGACCACAAAUUCUCCGACGUCGUCAACCGCCUCCGCUGGAACCACACCUCCAUCUCCCCAACCACCACCUCCACAUCAUCCACAACCUCCGCCACCGCAGACUACGUCGUCGCCUCCACCUACAUGAAGCGCGACAUCUACAUGUGGGAACUCCGCAACAACUCCAUCGUCCGCAUCCUCGAGAACCGCGAAGAACCCGCCGUCAUCGAAUGGCACCCCUCCAAACCCCUACUCGCCUGCACCAGCAUCGAAACCGGCACAAUCCAGAUCUGGGGCAUCGAGCCGCAACAGAAAUGGUCCGCCCUGGCCCCAGACUUCACCGAGGUCACCGAGAACGUCGAAUACGUUGAACGAGAAGACGAGUUCGAUGUGUAUCCCGAAGAAGAGCACAAGAAGCGGCGCGAAGAUCGAGAAGACGAAGUUGUCGACGUCCUCACACCCCUCAACAAGCGCACCAAUGGGCAAGAUGUGAACGGCGAAGACGAAGUCGAAGAAAGCUUCGUCCUCCCCAUGCUGUAUAACAUCGAAGACAGCGACGGAGACGAUCAGGAACUGAUCCGUAUGGGAGUGGGCACGAUGCGGAAGAAGGAGAUCAAUGAAGGCAAAGCGUAUGAAGGUGAUAAGGAGGAGGAUUCGAUUAUAGCGAAUGCGGCAAUGGCGCAGGCGACGAAGAAUAAGAAGAAGAGAUAG